GAUAUAAGCAGCUAUAUAUUCCCGAUCCUCGAACAGUGAUCCUUUACCUUCCUGUCCUUUUAGCACUGCAACUUUCGCUUCCCCGGUCUUUGCUUUUGUCGCCAUGGUUCGUCGAUAUAAGGUCGGUGAUGAUGAGCUUAUCAAAGGCCAAAUUCGAGCUUUGUGGUUGGUGGUGGAAAAGGGAGAACCCCUACAGACGCUAUGAAAUGGGAAAACCUAACCCUAGAGGUGGGUAAGGUUAUGAUCCGUAUGAGGUCCGGGUGUAUCAGCGGGACAGUAAACCCUUUCCCCGCAUUCUUCACUGUCUACCCCACCUUCCCUGCCUCAAGGCUCAAACUUUCAAGUCUUGAAGACUUUUAAAAACGUACAUGUCCCUCGAUUUUCCAUUACUAUAGCGUCGAAUGAGUACCCAUGCGUUGAGGAGGAGAGACAAGCAAAGUCUGCACUUCAUCGUUCGGUCAGGGAUCGCAGGAGGUGUUGCAGGUUGCGUCGCAAAAUCCGUGGUUGCACCACUUGACAGAGUCAAGAUCUUAUUCCAAGCCAACAAUCCAGACUUCGAUAAAUAUGCGGGAACGUGGAGUGGUGCCUUUAAGGCGGCAAGUCGGAUAUACAGGCAGAGAGGCGUCCUUGGUUUGUUCCAAGGUCACUCUGCGACCCUACUCCGCAUAUUUCCGUACGCGGCCAUAAAGUUCAUGGCAUAUGACCAGCUAGAAUACAUCUUGAUGCCUACUAGAGCGAAACAGACCAACCUACGCCGUUUCACUGCUGGCGCGCUUUCAGGAAUGACGUCUGUGUUCUUUACAUACCCACUGGAGCUCAUACGUGUCCGUAUGGCUUACGAUACACGGAAUGGUCCAUCAACACGCCCUACAUUCCUCUCUGCAAUGUCUAAAAUCUACCACGAAUCCACCCUUCCCUCGUCUGCUAAUUCUCCCGCCUCAUCAACAUUAUUCACACGAUUCCCCGUCUUCAAAUUCUAUCGAGGGUUCUCUGUAUCCAUGGUUGGUAUGAUACCCUACGCCGGGACAUCUUUCCUCGCAUGGGGUUACAUGCGUUCAUACUUCCUCCCCCCUCCUUCGAAAAAUUCCUCUUCGUCAUUGGGCAAGAGCACACAUGUAAGCCCUGUGGCCGAUCUAGCUUUCGGUGCUCUAGCAGGUGCUCUGGCGCAAACGGCUUCGUAUCCUUUCGAAGUCGUAAGGAGGCGAAUGCAAGUGGGCGGACUUACACACCCCGAUCGGUGGUUAGGUUGGGGAGAGACCAUAAGGACUAUAUAUAGCGGGAAGGGAUGGAGAGGGUUCUAUGUUGGAUUGAGUAUUGGCUAUCUGAAGGUGGUGCCUAUGACUGCGGUGAGCUUCAUGGUAUGGCAGUGGGGAAAGAGGGUAUUGGGGGUAUGACGGAAAAGGAACUGAUACUUCACAUUUACUUUACAUAUUCAUGUAUUAUAGCUCUCAACGUAGAGUCUCAGUCUUAUUCUACCUGCAUUCCCAUACUCGGCU